AAGAAAACUGAAUAAUUAGUUUUUAUUGUCAAAACUUGGUUCUUGUCAUUGAUACUAAUAAAAAUAUGAUUUAUGCAAUGUUUACAAUACUGAACAUUUGAGGUUAUAUUGAUGCUAAAGCAACAUCAUACAACCUGAUACUGUGAUUAUCAUGAACAAGAUGUCAGUACUACUCUAACCAAUAAGGAAUGUUGUUUAUGUUGCUAAAACAUUUAUUUUGUAGCUUCUAAGGCCAGAAAAAUUACAGUAUUUGAUAUUCAAGUUGUAAUUAACAUCUUGUUUCAUUUUUUUCUCUUUGAAAAAUUAAAAAAUACUUUAUUUUUUCAUUUUGAGUAACGUGGUGGUUAGCAGACGACCACUUGUUAGGAUCAUAAAUAAACCCACGAAAGCGGCGCCAGUGCUCGGCCAAAUUUAAUACACGAUACAAAAUCACAUAGAACAAGAACAUUGCACAGGAAUAUUUUCUCAAUGUGGAAGCCCUUAGUGUCCAUGGAUCAGCCUGAGUAAAUCAGCUGAAGGUUUCGAUUUGACCCAGCACUGAGUGGCGCCAAAAAAGUCAACCACGUAGUUUUUAUAUUGUGUUGUAAAAAAUUACUAUUAAAAUAAUUAUUUCAACUAGAUAAUUUUAUACAAAAAUGUUGAAAGAAUACUUUUUAGAGUACCAUGCGGAAGAGCUUAAAGAAAUACUAAAUGAUCCAGACGAAUUCAAGGUUUUUCCUAUCUAUGUUGAUUUUAUAGCUCUCUUUGAAAGAUAUGCAGAGAAAGCAGAUAAAAUAUUAAGACGACCAAGGCAAUAUUUACCACAGUGUGAUGCUUCUGCUAUUGAAGCUCAAGAAGAAAUUAUUGGGGAAUAUCAGAUAGUUAAAAAAAAAAUUCGAACAAGAGUGCAUGGUAUAGUUGAAAAUAUUGAUCAAGCAAAAAUUGGAGAACUGAUCUCAACUACAGGUUUUGUAGUUCGUAUUUCUCAACCUUCAGUAUCAACUGUAUCUAAACAUUUAUUGUGCAAAAAAUGCGAAUACAUCACUAUAGUCAAACUUGAAUGGGAGAGAGAUAAAAUUCCAGAUAUUAAAGAAUGUGAAGCUUGUAAGAAAAAAAGUUUACAUCCUGAAACUUCAGUUGUAGAACAAGAAUGUGCUGAUUAUCAGGAAAUUAGAAUACAGGAUAAAUCUCAAAGUGUCAAUAGUACAAUGACAAGUGCAUUGCGAGUUGUAUUACUGGAAGACCUGGUUGACAAAUGUACAUCUGGUGAUCAUGUUAAUAUUGGUGGUUACUUGGUAAGAAAAUUUGAGAAAUUUGCUGAAGGUCAGCGCGCCACAGCCACAACAUUUUUAUUAGCAAAUAGUUUGUUGGUACGCAGAAAAGUAGCAGAGUCAGAAUUUUGUAGAGAAGAAAUUACAAAGAUUUUUAAGAACUAUUGGAAGGGAUAUAGUGAGAAACCUUUGGAUGGUAGAGACAAUAUACUUGCAUCAAUAUGUCCACAGUUAUAUGGCAUGUACAGUUUAAAAUUAGCACUUGCUAUCAUACUAGCUGGAGGUGUACCAAAAACUACUGAUUCAGGUACUAGAGUCAGAGGUGAUCCUCAUCUACUAUUGUGUGGAGAUCCUGGUACUGGAAAAUCUCAAAUGUUAAAAACAGCAGCAAGAUUAGCAGCUCGUUCUAUCUUAACAACUGGUGUUGGAAGUACUGCUGCUGGUCUCACAGCUGCUGCUAUAAAAGAUUCAGAUGGUUGGCAUUUGGAAGCUGGUGCCUUGGUUUCAGCCAAUGGAGGUGUUUGCUGUAUAGAUGAAUUAACAACCAUGAGUACUAAUGAUAUGGCAUCAAUACAUGAGGCUAUGGAGCAACAGACAAUAUCAAUUGCAAAAGCUGGUUUAGUUAGUACAUUGAACUCCAGAUGUACUGUAAUUGCAGCGAUAAAUCCAGUUGGUGGCAGAUUUGUUGAUGGAGAAGAAGUGAAAAUGAGAUUAGGUGGUCCUCUUUUAUCCAGGUUUGAUCUGAUUCUUUUUUUAAGAGAUAUUCACGAUCCGCAAUGGGAUGAAUUAGUCUCUAGUCAUAUUCUUCAAGCUGCAAUGACUGGCGGCGAUUAUCACACUCAAAAUAUUAAAAACUAUUCUUCAUCCAAGAGCGUACGAAAAGAAAUAAAUAAUCACAACAUAUCUGGCGCAGAAAGUGCGGAAAUAAACGCUACGGGUACUUUGAGUCUUUUGAAAACUGAUGGUCUAUGGGAUGAGAAAACAUUACGAGAAUAUUUCGCACAUAUACAUAGUCUUAGACCAGUUAUGACGAAAGAAGCAGAAAAAGUUUUGCGCGCGACUUACUUGUUCCACAGACAAAGAAAGGAAAGAAAAGAGGAACGGACGACUGUUCGUUUGAUGGAUAGUUUAGUUAGAUUGGCCGAGGGCCAUGCCAAGUUGAUGUACCAUAGAGAAGUACUGAUAAUGGAUGCAAUUUUCGCAAUUGAGUUGAUAAAUUUAACUAAUGGAUUGGGGAAUGAGAACAACAGGUUUCCAGAGGACUCAAUGAUCGCAUACAAGGAAGAAGGAGCGGAUCUACUCAGUAUGCUCAACUUGGAUGAUCUUGAAAAACAUUUGUGAAAUGAGAUAACUACAGUAACGUUACUAAAUUGUCAUUUCGAAACAAAGUCAAGUUAACUAGACAAGUACGGUUUAUACACAAUUUAUUUUUUCAUUUUUAUUGUAAAAUCAACAUUGUGAUAUAUAAGUAAAUGUUAAGACUAAAAAUUUGCAGUACUUUUGUGAUUAUAAUACUGCAAAAAAAAUGGACAAAUGUGUGUGUGUGUGUGUGUGUGUGUGUGUGUGUGUGUGUGUGUGUGUGCGUGUGCGUGUCGCGUGUGCGCGUGUGCGUGUGUUCCUAUUUUAUAUUUUCUUCAUUACAAUGAUUAUUUUUUUUCUCAUAAUAAUUUGAUUUUCAAAAAGUAAUAUUAAUAUGUACAACAUAAAAGCGUUGAAUACCGUUUCUAACACAACAGAAUUACAAUUUAAAUUUAAAGCUUUUUAAUCAUAAUAAUUUAUUUUUAGUUACGGGAAUGAGGUAAAGAAGCGAAAAACGAUCCUAAACGGACUGUGAAAAAUGUAGAAGAGAGCUAUAUUAUAACGUAACAUGAUGAGCUCGUCGCACUACAUUUUCUUGUCAUAACAUAUUUUCUUAUCACAUUGCACAACAUGUCUCAUUCUCGACGGAUUCUAAACCAUAAACUUAUCUUCUUUUUUUUAAGUGUAUGCAUUCACUCGGAUGCGCUCGAUUUUC